AUGGCCAAUAAUCUUGUGGCGCCCGUAGCGGGACAGCCGCUCUUCAGAGCUGUAGCCAGCUCGACCCGACCCCUGUACCAACUGCUUCGAUGCAUCAACUUCACCAAACAAAUACACGUUCUUGUGACCGAAGAGGGCAUUCGCUUCUCUGCCGACCUCACCCGAGUCAUGCAGGGUACCGCCUCUCUUGACAAGAAACUCUUUACGACAUAUAGCCUGAACAUCCCCCAGUCGGAUGGCGACUCGCAGCCCGAACUCCCCAGUUUUCAGAUCCAAUUGCCUGCCCUACUCGAGACGCUGCAGAUCUUCGGUGCCGUGGACAGUGCGACCCGAACCCAAAAGGCAGAGCAGGACCCAUACCGAAGUAACCUCCGCAACUACCGGCCAGAGGCGUUUAGCAACCAGACUCUCGGCAUCGGCGGAACAUGUUGUCUGCAGCUGGAGGAAGAAGGUGGCCCUCUGAGUAUCAUCAUUGAAGAGGCGGGCGUCAAAACCGUUGCCAACCUGACGACAUAUGUACCCGAAAUCCCGGAGGACAUACCGUUUAACCGUGACGAGCUUGCGUACAAAAUCAUCAUGCAGUCGCGCUACCUCCUCGACGGCUUGGCGGAGCUGUCGCCCAACGGCCCCAAGCGCCUCACCAUCACAACGUCCAAGAACCAACCAUACUUGACGCUUGCCGGAACCGGCGAUCUUGGCUCCUCGGUCGUCGACUUUGCCAAGGGACGCGAGCUGCUCGAAACCUUUGCGGUACAGGAACGCUGGGCCCAGACGUACAAAUUUGAUCUCAUCAAGUCGUCCACAGAGGCCAUGCGCAUCGCCAGCAAGAUCAGCCUGCGGGGUGAUCGUCAGGGCGUGCUCAGCCUGCAGUUCAUGGUUGAGGUGGAGGGUGGUGGGGUCAGCUUCCUGGACUUUCGCUUCGUCCCGUUUAUCUCUCACGAGGAUGGCGAAGACGACAGUGGAGACGAACAGGACGACUGA